AUGGCUGCUACUACUUCCGUCCCUACCAAGGACCAGAUCCUCGUCCCCGAGACUCUCCUCAAGAAGCGCAAGAGCCAGGAGAAGGCCCGCGCCGAGAAGUCCGCCGAGCUUGAGCAGCGCAAGAAGCUCAACAAGGAGAAGCGCUCCGUCAUCUUCAAGCGUGCUGAGAAGUACGUUAAGGAGUAUCGCGAUGCCGAGCGUGAGAAGGUCCGCCUCCAACGCCUCGCCAAGCAGGAGGGCAGCUUCCACGUCCCUGCCGAGGGGAAGUUGAUCUUCGUCAUCCGAAUCAAGGGUAUCAACAAGAUUGCACCCAAGCCCCGCAAGAUUCUCCAGCUUCUCCGUCUCCUCCAGAUCAACAACGGUAUCUUCGUCCGUAUCACCAAGGCUACCGCCGAGAUGAUCAAGAUCGUCGAGCCGUGGGUUGCUUACGGUUACCCCAACCUAAAGAGCGUCAAGGAGCUCAUCUACAAGCGCGGAUAUGGCAAGAUCAACAAACAGCGCAUUCCCCUCACCGACAACUCUAUCAUCGAGGAGAACCUCGGCCAAUACGGCAUUGUCUGCAUUGAGGAUCUCGUCCACGAGAUCUACACUGUCGGCCCCAACUUCAAGCAAGCCUCCAACUUCUUAUGGCCCUUCAAGCUCAGCAACCCCAACGGUGGUUUCCGAACGCGCAAGUUCAAGCACUUCAUCGAGGGUGGUGACCUUGGUAACCGAGAAGACAAGAUCAACGGUCUCAUCCGACAGAUGAACUAA